AUGUCAAGACUUUCUAAUGCUCUCAAAUUGGUAUUCUUGCUGUUUAUAGCGUAUCUAGGUAGUUCAGGGCUCAUUCAGAAGUCCAAUACGGCCGCUUAUGUACAAAUGUUCAAUGGGACGAUACCGACUUCCGUCAACUUAGUCAUAGCGCAUCCGGAUGAUGAAGUGAUGUUCUUUGCACCUACGCUUAUGCAAUUGGAUGCCCUGUUGGACAGUGGUGUGCCUGUUCGCGUAUUUUCGAUGACGAAUGGCGGUGCAGACGGCCUUGGCGGGAUCAGGGCCCAUGAAUUACAAGAAUCUAUAGAACUGUUGAUGCGUCGAAAACAUCCUUUAGUCAAGGUUUUAGAUUUUGCAGACGGAAUGCAAGAGAAAUGGGACCUUACAGCCACCGCAAACAGUCUCAAAUCUUUAGUGACGGAUACGAUUCCCGCUUUCAUCACCUUUGAUGACCGCGGGAUCUCCAAUCAUGUUAACCAUAUCUCCUGCUACUACACAGUCAAGCAACUACGAGGACAUUAUUCAAAAGGUCUUUAUUUUCGGUUGCUGAGCAAACAAUGGUUUUUACAGAAAUAUACUGCAUUCGUUCCAGCCCUCUUGUAUGGGCACAAAUCAUCUCAAGAGAUAGUUUUUGUGAGCGACUUUAAAACUUACCUAUUGUCCUUCGCAACAAUGCUCAACGCACAUGUGUCACAGAUGGUGUGGUUUAGAUAUGGAUGGUGGAUGUUCAGCAACUAUGUCUACGCUAACGAAUUACAACAAUUCUAA